GAAAGAGCAGCACAGGGAGAGGCACGCUGGACGGAGCGAGGGGAUUUUCUGGCGGCUGCUGGUGGUGAGCUCACACUGUGGGCAUUCCUUCGGAGCUAGAGCGGCAGGGCGGGUUGCUGCUCCAGCUUUGCUGGAAACCUUGGAGCUCCCAGAGCGUGUGGAAGCAGUGCUGGUCCAUCCAGGGAUCACAGGUGCUGAGGAUGCCGAGCAUAUUUUCCUACCAGAGUGCCGAGGUGGAUUGGUGUGAGAGCAACUUUGUGCGCUCGGCGGUGAUUGCCGAGUACUACAACACCAUCAGCAAUGUGAGCUUCUUUGUGCUGUCUCCUGCGCUGCUGUACCUGAACAGGCAGUACUGCCAGAAGAAGGCUGUGCCCCUCUACUUUGUCUCAGGGCUGCUCCUCCUCGUAGGUGUCUUCUCCAUGUACUUCCACAUGACCCUGAGCUACGUGGGACAGCUCUUGGAUGAGCUCUCCAUCCUCUGGACGCUGGCUGUGGCUUAUUCCUUCUGGUACCCACAGGCUUACUUCCCCAAGUGCAUCAAAACCAGGAGGCAUUUCUUCUGGCUGACUGGUAUCACCACCGUGAUCAGCACCUUGAUGUCUUUUGUCAAGCCCACCCUCAAUGCCUACGCGCUCAACUGCAUCGCCUUCCACCUCCUCUACAUGACCUGGAAGGAGCUCAAGAAGUGCAAUGACAAGCGGGUUCACCGCAUGGCCGCGGUCAUGGUGAUGUGGUGGGCACUGGCCAUCACCAGCUGGAUCAGCGACCGCUGGCUCUGCUGGCUCUGGCAGGCCAUCAACUUCCCCUACUUCCACAGCUUCUGGCACGUGCUGAUAGCCAUGUCCCUGCUGUACUGCUGCCCUCUGGUCAUCUACUUCGACGUCAGCUACGAGAUGCCCUCGUUCAAGCCAAAGCUGGAAUACUGGCCCAGCGACUCGUGGCCUGUUGUGGUGCCCUACGUCACCCUGGAGGAGCCCCACAAGCAGUGCUAGAGCUGGGUGCCCUCAGGCCUCCCUGGGGCACGGGGUGUGUGAUGCUCACACGGGGAACAUCUCGGUUGUGCUCCUCCUGUUCCUCAGGCAGGGGCAGCAUGGUAGCGGAAGGGGCAGGGAGCAGCUGAGGCCUCGUGAUGCUGGGCAUGAAGCAAGGUGGGAGCCCACAGGUGCCUCGGAAGGCUCUGCCCAAACUGGUGUUCAGAGAGGUGGAGAUUUCCUCCAGCAGACCCUCAAGAGGGGGGAGGGACACAGUGCUGCUUCUGUGUCCUCUGCGUUAGUCAAGCACCAGCACCCCUUGCUGACAAGGGCACAGCGGAGAACACUGAAGCCAAACUGGUGACAGCUGGGUUUGUUGGGGCUGCUCUAAUUAUUAUUAUUAACUCUAUUUAUUGA